GAUAAGUUAUAUAUACAUUAAUAUUUAAAAUAAAAAAAUAGUUGUGAAAUUCGUGGCGAUGUAUGUAGACCCAGCGACAUACCGCAACACGUUGUUUUCUUAAUCGCCUAUAUUUAUCAAACGCACGUCGUAAAUUCGUAAAUCGAUAAAACUCCUGUCGCACAACCCACGGCCUUCCGCCAAUUUCGAUCCCCGGCACGUAUACUUAGACAAAAAGUGUAUUUUUUUUGUGUUACGUUUGAAUGCAAUAGGAUAAUAAUGUGAACAAGUAAACAGUGCGCAGUGCAAUUGAAAUAACGUUCUCGUCGUGUUUUUUUUUUUUUUUUUAUUUUGAAAUUGCAGAACAAUCGCAUCGCCAAGCUGAACAACGGCAACUUCGUCAUGUACUCUAAGAUCAAUAAGCUGCUGCUAUCGGACAACGUGGUGCACGAGGUGCCGGCCGGAUUGCCCAAGUCGCUGGUGCAUCUGAACCUGAAUAAGAACCCGAUAAAGAGCAUGGACCAGCUGUCACGCGCUGUCGGACUGCAGGUGCUGAGCCGCUGUGGCCUGGCCAUGUACCCGGCGCUGGACGUAUCCGGCAACGAGCUGCUGAAUGACCUGGACCCGGUUGCUUUGGUGGCUACGUGCCGGCUGUACUGGCUCAACGUGAUAGGCUGCACCGCGCUGUUCCGACUACUCGAGUCCCGUUGCCGGUGCCUGAGCGCCGUCCAAUGGACGCGCAACCAUAAAAUCCUAAUGUUCGGUAUGCCGCCAUGUCCAGUCGCCAAUGGCACCAGUGUCACGGACAAAUGCACCGCACCCACGGCCCUGCACCAGGCUAUGACCCUUUUCGAGCGCUGCACGGACGAGUGGGACCGCCGGAACACGUAUCACCGGUCCAUUGGCCUGUGGCUGGUUAUCACGGUUGUUGAAGUUACCGUACCGAUGUACGUGCGCUGGCGGAACUGUCGCGACGCAAUAUCAAAGGCAGGAUCAGAUAUGCAUUCUGAUGAAUAGACUGCAUAUAGGUGUCUUACAAGCCGAGGUUUUUUUCAUAAAACGGUAAAUCAUCAAAUCUCAUAUGUAGAUGAAAAUACAGGAGCCCACACUCAAAGCAUUGAGAGUCAUGGUUGGACGCGAAAAUGAAAUUAUUGAAGAAAAUGAGAAGAGUUUCUCUUCAUUAUUUGUAGUUUCAUCCUGAUUACUUUUGCUAGUUAAUUGACGGUAAAUCAAGAUAGUCUUGAUCUUUUUCUCGCCUUGUUGGAAGACAUUCAGAAGGUAUACUAACAAUAAAAUUAAGUAGGUACUAGUGUAGUAAAUAGUGUAAUCAAACAUUAAUUAUUGUUUAU